GGAGCGUCCGGGCGGAAGCGGAAGGGGCGGGCCCGGGGCCCCACGGCCGAGUCUGCACGUCUGCGGCCGCCGACACUGUCUUUAGAGCCCCAGUGAGCUGGGCCUCCGAGGCAAGAUGGUGGACUACAGCGUGUGGGACCACAUCGAGGUAUCUGACGAUGAGGACGAGACGCACCCCAACAUCGACACCGCCAGCCUCUUCCGCUGGCGGCACCAGGCCCGGGUGGAGCGCAUGGAGCAAUUCCAGAAGGAAAAGGAGGAGCUGGACAGGGGCUGCCGCGAGUGCAGGCGCAAGGUGGCUGAGUGCCAGCGGAAGCUGAGGGCGCUGGAGGCGGCUGAGGGUGACGGCAGCAAGGCGGAGCUGGAGCGGCUGCAGGCCGAGGCCCAGCAGCUACGCAGGGAGGAGCGGAGCUGGGAGCAGAAGCUGGAGGAGGUGCGCAGGAAGGAGAAGAACAUGCCCUGGAAUGUGGACACGCUCAGCAGAGACGGCUUCAGCAAGAGCAUGGUCAAUACGAAGCCUGAGCAGGCGGAGGAGGAACCAGAGGAGGUGAGGGAGCAGAAACACAAGACCUUCGUAGACAAGCACGAGAGACAGAUCAAGCACUUUGGCAUGCUCCGUCGCUGGGACGACAGCCAGAAGUACCUGUCAGACAAUGUCCACCUGGUGUGCGAGGAGACAGCCAACUACCUGGUCAUCUGGUGCAUCGACCUGGAGGUGGAGGAGAAACGCGCGCUCAUGGAGCAGGUGGCCCACCAGACCAUCGUCAUGCAGUUCAUCCUGGAGCUGGCCAAGAGCCUCAAGGUGGACCCCCGCGCCUGUUUCCGGCAGUUCUUCACUAAGAUCAAGACAGCUGACCACCAGUACAUGGAGGGCUUCAACGAUGAGCUGGAGGCCUUCAAGGAGCGUGUGCGGGGCCGGGCCAAGCUGCGUAUUGAGAAGGCUGUGAAGGAAUACGAGGAGGAGGAGCGCCAGAAGCGGCUUGGCCCUGGCGGCCUGGACCCCGUCGAGGUCUACGAGUCCCUCCCUGAGAAACUCCAGAAGUGCUUUGACGUAAAGGACGUGCAGAUGCUCCAAGAAACCAUCAGCAAGAUGGACCCCACCGACGCGAAGUACCACAUGCAGCGCUGCAUCGACUCGGGCCUCUGGGUCCCCAACUCCAAGUCCAGCGAGGCCAAGGAGGGGGAGGAGGCGGGCCCUGGGGACCCCUUGUUGGGAGCCAGCCCCAAGCCGGGAGACAAGAAGGGUAUCAGCGGAUGAUCUGCCCAAGCCGCCUGCCUGCCUACAGGCCCCUGUGCACCCCUUUUCAGAAAACAAAAAUAGAUGCCACUUCCCCAGCUCCUGGUUUCCUCCACUUUUGCUGCUCCCGCCCAACCUGAGAUAGGGGUCAGGGGGCCUGUCCCCCUCCACUGCCCUCACCCCCCCAGCACUCAUCCGAGUCUCUGCUUUGAGUCAAGGGGCUUCACUGCCUGCGGCCCCCUCGUCAGCAUUAUGCCAAAAGCCCCAAGGGUCCGGGGAGGGUAGAGGUUGCCAGGCUAGUCCACAGGGUGUGGGUGGGGGGUCCCCAGCUGAGGGGCCUGCCCUGGUCGCUGGUGCUCUGUCUUCACUGUCGGUCUGCUGUGGAGCCUUGAAUAUGGUAAAUAACAAUCAUCUUCCAAUAAAGGAUUUCAGAUGCUCAGCAGGGUGUCACGAGGGCUGUUGGCACAGCUCUUCUCUUUGGGCUGGGAGGGAAGCUCCGGGACUGUUGGCAGCCUGGCCUGUGACACCCCAGCUUUGCCCUCAGCUACCUAGGCAGCUUCCUCUGUACUCCAGGCUCUUGUAUAUGCUGUUCCACCUGAGGGUCCCUACCACCGUCCAUUCAGGAGCUUCAUUGCCCACCAGGUCUCCCUUCCCACAUGGCCAGCUCUGCCUCCCGAGCAGAUCCUGAGCCUGAGCCCCUGCGCUGCACACCUGCCCCAGCCUCCUGGUGCUCUCCCUCUUCCGUACUGGGUGGACCCCAACAGGGGCCAGAACGUGGGGUCCAGGUAUAUCCCUUCUUCAGCUGAAGCCACAAGUUCUUGAAGCUCACCAGGCCCUGCUCCCUAUACCCAGUCACCUCCCUGCCCCCGUCUUGGGUUCCCCCCACAUCCCCAUUCUUCCUUACCCAUCCUUGAGCACUUUAUCAGUGUGACCUUGGGCAACUUAGCCUCAGUGCCCCCCUCGGUAUGAUGAGAGUAUUGUCAGUGCCUUCCUCCCCACAGGAACCAUGAGACGCCACAGGCAGGCUCGGUGCCUGGCCCUCAGAUGCUCUAAAUGCAGGCCUUGGCGUGUGUCUGUUCCUUUGCCUGAACACCUUUCCCUGCAGCCUGCUAGGAGGGCUCCUCUAAAAAGCAGUGAAAUAUUUGGGCCACAGAAAGGGCUUCAAAAAUAGUACAAUGAACAAGGACACAUCAGCUUAAGAUGGAAGAAUCCACAAACCAGUGAGGCCCUCUGCCUUCCCCUCCCAGGAGACACCCCUGGCGGCUGCUUGUCACCUGGACCGGAGCUCGGUGUUCCUCCUGGAGGCCUUCAACCCACCUGAGGCGGCCCUGAUGCCCAGCCAAGCAGCUUGCCUUGUGUCCAGCCUCGCCGACCUGUGUAUUGUCUCCCUUACGCUGUGAGCAUCACCAGGGCACAGAGCACAUCUUCCCCGGUCCUGAGGUAUUCGCAGCACCCCGAAGGGGUCCUGUCACAGAGUGGGCCCUCAGUAAAUGUUUGCCAAAGCAGAGGGCCCCAGAAUGCCGUUGUGCCCAAGAUGGUCGCCACCAGGGGGUAAUAGUGAGCUGCAGACCCUGGUGACAUCCGUUAAAUUUAGUAGCAUUCAUGUGGACAAGGAAGGCAGGCGGGGGCCUUGGAGGGCUUGAGGAGAGCCAGGCAUCCUAAUGCCCUGGAUAAACCAUCCAUCCAGGAUUGUCACUUAGUUCUUUACUGUGAAGACUGGUCAAAGAUGGAACUCGAAUUACUGAUUUUUCCUUUCGCCUCAGGCUCCGAUAGAACGCAGCACUGUUAAUGAUUCUUAAAAUUUUGGUAUUUUGUUCAUCAUGCGUUUUUUUUUUCUACGUUAAUUGUGCUUUUUGAAAAUAUCACAUUAAAGUUUUAUCUUGGUUACUGAG